AUGAGUUCAUUAAAGAGUACCCUUCAACAGGAUACUCUUCCUCAUCAUACCGGUCCCAAAGGAAUAACUUUUAAUGGUUCAACCUUUAUUGUUCCUGAGACUGAAGAUAUGCUUAAAACUCUUUUCGAUCCUACCAUUAGAAAAUCUCAUCUAGAACUAAUUGUUUUAACUUGUUUAUUUUCAAACCUCCUUGUAUUUUACUUUGUUAAUGAUAAUAACUUAAGAAUCAAUAUCUUUGUCGGUUUUUAUAUCUCUUGGAGAUUAUCUUAUAAUUUUGGGAUUGGUUAUCUUUUAUAUAAUCAAUCUAAUUAUAAUAGAUUAGUUGAAUGGGCUCAAAAUUUAAAUUUAUUUGAUUCUUCAUCAAAAUCUUUCCUUUCAAAAUUUAUUAUUUCAGAAUUAAAAUCUCAAAGAGGUGAUGAUUAUGUUAUUUCAAAUUAUCCUAUUGAAUUUAAUACUUGGUUAAUCUUUAGAAGAGUUGUUGAUUUAAUUUUAAUGCUGGAUUUUACUACUUUUAUCUUGGUAGUAUAUACUUGUGCUAUUAAUGAUAAUUAUCAAUUUAUUCAUAAUCAAAAUCCUUGGUUAAUUUAUUCUCGUUUAAUUUUUGGUUCUGGAUUAAUUUUAUUUAAUUUAUGGGUUAAAGUUGAUGCUCAUAAUGUUAUUAAAGAUUAUGCUUGGUAUUGGGGAGAUUUCUUCUUUCGUCAAAUUAAUAAUGAAGAAUUAAUCUUUGAUGGAGUAUUUGAAAUGGUACCUCAUCCAAUGUAUUCAGUGGGUUAUAUUGGUUAUUAUGGUUUUGCUUUAAUUGCAAAAUCUUAUACUGUAUUAAUCAUUGCUAUCUUUGGUCAUUUCUUACAAAUGGUAUUUUUACAUUAUAUUGAAAAUCCUCAUAUUGAUAAAAUUUAUGGUCCAUCAAAAUCAGAAAUUAAUUUAAUUAAAUUAUUAAAAUUAAAAGAUUUAAAAAAUUUUGAUUAUUUAAAACCUUUAGUUGGAUUAUAUAAUUUUAAUUGGCUUAGAGGUUCCGAUUUUGUUAAUUUAAUUUUAAUUUUAACUUAUGGUAUUAUAAUUCCAAUCUUUACAGCUAAUAAUUCCUUAUUUGAAUUAACUAUAAAUUCAUUCAAAUUUGAUAUUUUAUUCUUUUUAGCUAUAAGUUUAAAAUUAUUAGAAUCAAUUUCAAUUAAUGGUUUAUUAACUUUACAAAGUCAUUCAAAAUUAUUCACAAAAUGGUUUUUAGCAAAUGAUAUUCCAUUAGAAAAAUCAUUAUCAAACUUUGCUAUUAUUUAUAAUUCAUUAAUUAAUCUUACUUAUGCUUCAUUAUUUGGAAUUAAUUUCCAUUAUUAUUUACAAGGUAAUGGUGGUAGUAAUAAUGAUUUAUUAUUUAAUAGUUGGUUUUAUCUUCGUAUAUUCAUUGGUAUAAUUCUUGUCUUAACUCAAGUUUGGAUAAAUUCAUCAAUUAUUGAUCUGAUUGGUUAUUUCGGUUGGUUUUAUGGUGAUUUCUUUAUUCCAAAAUCUCAAGGUCGUCUGUUACAUUUAACUAAAGCAGGUGUUUAUCGUUAUUUAAAUAAUCCAGAACAAAUCUUUGGAGUUUGUGGAGUUAUGGGAGUUUUCAUUAUGAUUCCUUCUGUUGAAAAUUUAAUUUGUUGUGGAUUAUGGGUUGCCAAUAAUUUUAUUAGAAUUAAUUUUAUUGAAAGAUCUCAUAUGAUCAAAAUUUAUGGCGAACAUGAAGUUUUACAAGAUUCUGGAGUUACUAAGACUUUUAAAAAUCUUUUAAUCCCGGAAUCAAUUCAAAGAAGAUUUAGUAAUGAUCAAAAUGAUCAAAAAUCAGCUCAUAGAAGAAGAAAAAGUAGUGCUAGCAUGAGUAUUACUGAUUCUUUAGAUAAUUUUAUUAGAGAAUUAAGAACAUCAAAAACUAAAUUAUCUGAACAAAAAUUAAUUGAAUUAUCCCAAAAUUUAUCAUUUGAAAAUUCAAAUUAUAAAUUAGAUAUUCUUAAUUUAAAUGUUGAUGAUAAUAAACAAAAGAAAUAUUUACCAAAAUAUAUUAAUGUGGGUGAAUCAAUUGAAAUUAAAUGGCAAGUUCCAAAAGCAAAUUAUUCAUCAAAAGAUUGGAUUGGAUUAUAUAGAAUUGUUCAAACUUCAUACUCAAGAAAUAAAACUUUACUUUCAUCAUCAGGUCGUUGGAUUUGGUGUUCUGAAAAUAAUGGAUCUUAUAAAUUUAAAGGAGAAAAAUUAUUUUGGGAAGAAGGUAUUUAUGAAUUUAGAUAUCAUUUAAAUGGUAAACAUGAUGUGGCAUAUAUUUCUGAACCAUUUGAAAUUAGAAUUCCAAAAUUAUCUAUUCCAAAUGAUUUCAACCAAUUAGAUCAAUUUUCUCAUAAUUUAAAAUCAACCAUCUUUGAUAAAGUGGUUCAAAUUGAUAAUAUUGACGAAUCAAUUUCAAAAGCAGCUAAUAAAACCGAUAGUAUAUUAGAAGUAUAUCAUCAAUUAAGUUAUUUAAUUUCCAAAUCAACUGAUGUUACCAUUAAAUCUAAGGUUUUCUUAGAUGAUGAUGAAAUUGAAGGUUUAACCAUUAGAAAAUUAAGUAACAAACUUUUUGAUAUUAAGAGUGUAUUAGAAGAAUUAUCAUCAUCUUCUACUCAUCAUACUACUAAUUAA